AGGUUAGUAGUAACAUAACAUUAACUAACCCAAACAAAAAGAAAGACAAAAGUGAUUUUUCUUAUCUUUGGCGUGUUUUUGUUUUUAAGAAACAAAAAAAAAGUCCUGUUUGACAGGAACAACAUACACACAAUCUCAAUCCCACUCACAAACAAAUCACACCGUUCGUUCAUAAUAAAGAGAACCCAAAUAAAAGAAAAACAAAUCUUGAUUAUUAUUCGAGAAGAUAAACAUAAUAAAUUUUAUAAAAAUAAAAAAGUGGAAAUUAAUAUGAAAGGUUGUGAUGAAAUUUUAGUAGUAGAAGUCAAGAGCAACUAUUGUGUAGUUGGUUUAUUAUUUUGGAUUUUCGAUUGGGAUUUUUUAUAAUUAAUAUUCUUCUAAACUCUAUUGCUUUUUAUUCUUCUUCGUUCAUAAUCAUAAUCUUUCUUUUCAAUUCCUCAUUGCACGCUUUCUUUCUUUGUUUCUUCUUAUUAUUUUUCAUCUAUAUAUUUUGAUUUCGAUCUCAUAAUAUUCUUGUGCUUUUUCCAUUGCUUGAUUAUCACGGAAUUUUGAUUCAAGAGAUAGAGAGAGAAAAAGCAUAAUAAUAAAGAUACGAAAUUGAUUUUUUCAGCAAACCCUAGUUUUUGUUUUUUCUUCUUGAGGGUUCUUGCGAUUUCUAGGUUUUUGUGAAGCAGAGACUGCAAAGUUGCGAUCUUUGAUUGAUUUUUUGGUGAUGGAAGGUGAGGCUAGUUCGGAGGGGGAUAGUGAUCGGAAAAGGGGUGGUGGUGGUGGUGGUGAUGAUAACAGCGAUGAGAAUAACAACAAUAAGAACAAUAACGAUGGAAGCAAUAGCAAAAUUGCGGUUUCUAAUGAGGGGCAAAGCAAACCUAAACGACAGAUGAAGACGCCGUUUCAGCUUGAAACCCUUGAGAAAGCUUAUGCUUUGGAUAAUUACCCUUCGGAGCCGGUGAGGAUCGAGUUGUCUGAGAAAUUGGGGUUGACGGAUCGACAGCUGCAGAUGUGGUUUUGCCAUAGGAGGUUGAAGGAUAAGAAGGAAUCGGCUCCCAAGAAGGCGCCACCACCACGGAAGACAGUGGUGGAGCCUUUGCCGGAUUCCCCGGUGGAUGACCUCAGAAUGGGCUCUGAGCAUGGUAAUGGGUAUGGAUCAGGGUCGGGUUCAGGUUCCAGUCCGUCUACCCGGUUGGAGGGUCGGAAUGCAAUGCCCUUGAGUGUUGGUUAUUACGAGUCUCCGCAGGUUGAAAUGGAGCUUAGAGCAAUUGCUUGUGUGGAGGAUCAGUUAGGUGAACCAUUGAGGGAAGAUGGACCCAUUCUAGGAGUGGAGUUUGAUCCAUUGCCACCAGAUGCUUUUGGGGCACAUAUAGAACACCAGAAGCGACCUCGUCUUACCUAUGACGGGAAAAUGUAUGGAAGACAUGAUGUCAGAACAAACAAGGCUAUGUCAAGGACAUCCCAUGAAUAUCAAUAUCUACCAAACCAGUCUGGCAAUAAAUCCGAUGCUUUUGGACAGUUCGGCCAAUCUCAUUUACAUACUCCGAAGGAGGGUCCUUCGAGAAACUCUCCACUACCUAGAAUUCAUGCCACCAAGGGUCAUUCUUCUCGUGUUUCUCUUUUGUCUCAACAAGACAAGAAAGGGAGUCCCUACCUAUCUCCUCCUCUGGAUGAUGAUGUUGCCCCUACACAGGAAGUGUACACAAACAUGGCGAAUGUUGGAAUGAACUCCCACCAAACUGAUUGCCAAACUGGUGGGUCAGAAAAUCCCUAUGCUUCACCCAGUGGACAAAUUUUGCAAAACAAUGCAACGCAUAACGAGAGAAAACGGAAGGGUGAUGAUGGCAAAAUUACAAGGGAUGUUGAAGCCAAUGAGAUGAGAAUCCAGAAAGAUCUCGAAAAACAAGAUAACCUUAGAAGAAAGAAUGAGGAGCGGAUAAGGAAAGAAAUGGAGAGACAAGAUCGUGAAAGAAAAAAGGAAGAAGAGAGAUUGAUGCGUGAGAGACUGCGUGAAGAGGAAAGAACAAAACGAGAGGAAAAACGUGAAAUUGAACGAAGGGAAAAGUAUUUGCUGAGAGAAAAUUUAAAAGCCGAGAGAAUGAGGCAAAAAGAAGAGCUUCGGAAAGAGAAAGAGGCAGAGAGAAGAAAAGCUGCCCUUGAGAAGGCACAUGCCCGUAAAAUAGCUAAGGAAUCCAUGGAACUUAUUGAGGAUGAACAGCUGGAAAUGAUGGAGUUAGCUGCUUCAAGCAAAGGGCUUUCCUCUAUUAUCCGUCUUGAUUUUGAUACUUUGCAAAACAUUGAAUCAUUUAGGGGUUCACUGUGCGUUUUCCCACCCGAGAAUGUAAAGCUAAGAAAACCAUUUGCUAUCCAACCAUGGAUCAACUCAGAAGAGAAUAUUGGCAACCUUCUCAUGGUUUGGAGGUUUUUGAUUACCUUUGCUGAUGUUCUGGAAUUAUGGCCUUUUACACUUGAUGAGUUCGUGCAAGCAUUUCACGAUUAUGAUUCAAGAUUGUUAGGUGAGAUACAUGUUGCUAUCCUUAAGGUGAUAAUAAAAGACAUUGAAGAUGUUGCAAGGACACCUGUUACAGGAUUAGGAAUGAAUCAGAAUGGUGCUGCAAAUUCUGGAGGUGGCCAUCCAGAGAUUGUGGAAGGGGCAUAUGCAUGGGGCUUUGACAUACGGAAUUGGCAUAAGCACUUGAAUCAAUUGACAUGGCCAGAAAUUUUCCGACAGCUAGCAUUGUCUGCAGGAUAUGGACCACAGUUCAAGAAAAGAAGUAUUACAAGUUCACGUGCAAAUAGUAAAGAUGAGGGAAGAAGUUGUAUAGAUACCAUUUCUGCGCUUCGUAAUGGUUCAGCAGCUGAAAAUGCGGUGGCAAAAAUGCAGGAGAGAGGUCUAUUAGGACCUCGAAGAUCUAGGCAUCGGUUAACUCCUGGAACAGUUAAGUUUGCAGCAUUUCAUGUUCUCUCGCUAGAGAGUGGUGAUGGAUUGAAUGUAAUAGAGCUUGCCGAAAAAAUUCAGAAAUCUGGUCUUCGGGACCUGACAACCAGCAAGACACCCGAGGCAUCAAUUUCUGUUGCUUUGACAAGAGAUGCCAAGCUUUUUGAAAGAGUAGCCCCAUCAACUUAUUGUGUACGUGCUGCAUUUAGAAAGGAUCCUGCUGAUGCUGAGUCCAUUCUUUCCGAAGCAAGAAAGAAAAUUCAGAUAUUUGAAAAUGGGUUUCUAGCUGAGGAAGAUGCUGAUGAUGGUGAAAGAGAAGAGUCAGAAAGUGAAGUCGAUGAGGAUCCUGAAGUUGAUGAUUUGGUUAAUCCUUCAAGUGUUAUCAAAACAUCUGAUCAUUGUAAUGAUUUUUCAUCAAGUGGAAAAGAAAAUCUAGGUCAUGAUGCAGAACUUAAAGAUGAGUUCGAUAAGGAUCUGCCUUAUCCUGACAAUGGUUCUAAGAGUGCUGAUCGUCCACGUGCUGUUUCUGGACAACCUGUUGCUUGUGAAAAUCUAAAUGCCAGAAAUCUAGGUGAAGAUAACAUGGAAAUUGAUGAAAGUAAGUCUGGAGAGUCAUGGAUUCAAGGGCUUACUGAAGGAGAGUAUUCUGAUCUCAGUGUAGAGGAGCGAUUAAAUGCUCUUGUUGUAUUGGUUGGUGUGGCAAAUGAAGGAAAUUCAAUCCGUGUUGUUCUUGAGGAUCGUUUGGAAGCAGCAAAUGCUCUGAAGAAGCAAAUGUUGGCAGAAGGACAGAUAGAUAAAAUUCGCCUGAAAGAUGAUAAUGUCAUUAAAUCAGAUUUUCCAAAGGUUGAAACACAGCUUACAUGUGCUGCUGUGGAGGGUAACCAAAGUCCAUUGCUUGAUAUUAAUAAUAAUGAGGAAUCUCCCAGCAAAACAGAAAAUAAAAGACUAGCUCUUGUUGGACAAAACCUGCCUGAAAAGCUCUCAUCAAGUCAAGAUCUCUGCAUAGGUCCUGACAAUCCUCAGACCGUGUUAUCUGCGCAAUAUUCAAAACGGUCACGAUCUCAAUUGAAAUCUUAUAUUUCCCAGCUAGCAGAGGAGAUGUACAUCUAUAGAUCCUUACCCCUUGGGCAAGACCGCAGACAUAAUCGAUAUUGGCAAUUUGUUGCAUCUGCUUCUUGCAAUGAUCCUGGCUCGGGAAGGAUCUUUGUUGAAUAUCAUGAUGGCAAAUGGAGGCUUAUUGAUUCUGUAGAGGCCUUUGACACCCUUCUGAGCUCACUGGAUUCACGUGGCAUCAGGGAAUCACAUUUGCGUCUAAUGUUGCUAAAGAUUGAGAAUAUAUUUAAGGAAAAUGUUCAAAAGAAUGCAAAAUGUGCCAAAAUCGGAAACACAGAUGAAAUCCAUGUUAAAAAUGAAGCUGAUGAAACAGAUUCCAGUCCUGACAACCAUACUAGAUCUGACAGUCCUAGUAGUACUCUUUGUGGAUUGAGCUCUGAUACUUCAGAAACUUCGUCAUCCUUCAGAAUUGAGCUUGGGAAAAGUGAGAGCGACAAGAAAUCUGCCUUGGGAAGGUAUCAAGAUUUUCAAAAAUGGAUGUGGAAAGAAUGUUAUAACCCAUCGAUAUUAUCUGCAAUGAAAUAUGGGAAAAAGAGAUGCAAACCUCAGGUUGACAUAUGUGAUACCUGUCUUGACCUUUAUUGCUUGGAAGAUUCCCAUUGCAGUUAUUGCCACCGCACUUUUCCAUCAAAUGAUGGAUUUAAUUUUUCCAGACAUGCUUUUGAAUGUGGAGACAAGUUACCUAAAGAUAUUUGUAUUUUGGAUUCUUCUCUUCCUUUGCGGACAAGACUGCUUAAGGCAAUACUGGCUUUUAUUGAGGUAUCUGUUCCACCUGAAGCAUUUCAAUCAAUUUGGACAGAAGAUAUUAGGAGGCUUUGGGGUGUGAAGUUGAACAGAUCUUCUUCUGUUGAGGAACUUCUACAGAUAUUGACUCUAUUUGAGAGAGCACUAAAGCGAGAUUUUUUAUCAUCAUCAUUCUCUACCACUGGGGAUUUGUUGGGGAUGAGCACUCUGUUGGAGAGUGCUGCACAUACUUCCAUGGAUCUUGAAUCAGUUCCUGUACUUCCAUGGGUUCCGCGGACCACUUCAGCUGUGUCUCUCAGACUUUUUGAGUUUGACACAUCCAUCGCUUACGUUAAGCUAGAGAAACCUGAGCUGUAUGAGGAGAAAGAAGCUAGAUACAUAAAGCUUCCUUCAAGAUAUGCCUCUGUCAAAUCUACUAAAGUGGUUGAGCCAGCAGACUUGGAGCGUGAUGAAUUAAUGAAAGUGAAAUCUGCCCCUAUUGGGCGCAGCAGCAAAAAAAGGGGACGAGUGAAUCAUGAUAAAGGAAGGACUAAAAAGCUGUCUAAAAGAACGAAUGAUUCCAAACAAGAUAAUGUCCACCACAAUUUUAUUGUCACUGAUAAUCUAAGUCAAAGAAUAAAACAGCAGGGACAAGGAUCACAAGGACAAGCAGGUGGACGUGGCCCUCGGACAGUUAGGAAAAGGAGAGCAGAGAAGAGGGUUGUUGAAGAUUAUUUGUUGGAUGAUAGGGCUGCCAAUCAUAGCUUCAAUAUUGGUAGAGAACCAUCUAGAAUCUUGGAUGAGGACUGGAAUUAUGAGAAGACAGGUCCCAUCCAUAUGGAAGCUGCUGACGUGAGUAGCAGCAGUGAAGAGGUUGAAUAUGAUGACAACGCCCAGGCAGUGGAAUCUGAUGACAAUGUCGAAGCAGUAGAGUACGGUCAAGGAAACUGGGAGAUAGGUUUUAAUGGUACCCCCAACAGAUGGAAUAGGGAUUUGGUUGGAAUGAGCGAUGAAGAUGCGGAAGCUUCUGAAGAUGACAAUAACAAUGGCAUUGAAGAUAAUGAAGUGGAAGAGGAAGAGGAAGUGGAAGAGGAGGAGGGUUCUGAGGCAGAUGUUAUGAGCGAGGGUUCAGAUGGUAUGGCCAAUAAUAGAGUUGUAAAUGAAGAAAGCUCAGACUCAAGCGACUCUGAAGAGUCUUCUGAGUAGAACAGUGUUUUUUGUGUGAUCAACUAAAAGGGAUUGCAUUUCAAGGCUGUAUUGCUUUUUUUUUCUUUGUACACUGCGGCUUUACAAGGUAAGAUACUUGUGCAGUUGUGCUCCAAGUCAUGCCAUGGCUCCAAAGGUUUGAUAGGUUAUGUAGAAUUAUAGUGUAUAUUAUCCAUGCAGAGUGGAUUCUUAUACUUUUAGGCUUUUUCAAGUGGAGGGCUAAGCCUAAUUUUCCCCCCUUCACUUGUAAUAGAUAUUCUCAUUAAUUAAUAAAUCGGUAUACUUUGAAUGUGUCUUUA